AUGCCGCUUGCAGACCUGUGGGAUGAUAACAUCGCACAAUCAGGUGACGAUGAUGACAGUCAGCAACCAGUUCAGCAAGCUAGUAGGGUUAACCAAACAGAGAAAGCCCGCACUCAAAGACGCAUCAACCGAUACAAGAAACCCUUAGAGGAGAUUAGAGAGCGGGAACAGGUUGAUCAAUCCAUGUCUUGGGCAUCUCGCAUUCAGGCACAUUUCUUUACACCAAAUUUUUUGACAGUUCGACCAUCACAUGAUCCUUUUGCAGAUGCAGAUCGAAAAACACAAGGUAAGGAAAGGAGCAGGGCAGUUAUGAGUUUGCUGGUUCAGGUCCUCAAAAUGCUUGUAUCCUUGUUGUCACCGUCCACAUCAGCUCAUGAGGGGUGCCCAAGAGCCAAUUGUGUCCUAGACUGUGUUGCUCUGGACGAUACAUCUUGCAGAAUCAGGGGGAGUGGGGAUGCCAUGCCUUCCAUCCAUACCGUGAUGAACACUCUGCACACUUUGCAUAUCUCCUUUGACGACAGCAGCUGUCAGAGUGUCAACAUACCAACCCCUUACGUUUGUCUACCCUCACAACGGACCGCAGAUCUCCAUGACGGAUAUAGUGCUUAUGCUUUAUUGUCCAGCAAGGGUCUUGGGCGAACCUUCAAAGCUUUAGAACGGGCUUGUCGUAGCUCCCAAUCACUGGAAGCAAUUCUUCAGGCGUCAAAAUGGAAAUGUCAGGUUAUGGUGGGAGACUCAUUGAAAACAAAUGAUGCAGUUUUCAAACAUGAACAGCAAGCCCUGGCAAAGCAAAAAGUGAAGAGGAGAUUGGCAAUCAGGUUCAGGUGUCAGCUACACCAACUUUGUCUUGUACGACGUCCCCUCGUCCUUUCAGUUGCAAGAUUUUGGACAACAUUGGUAAGACUAGGUCACCUUUUCGAGCAAUAUUCUUUCAAGAAGCAACUAGCUUUGGCGUUGAUUCAAGUCUUGCGGGCUGUGGGAAUCCCAGUGAGUGAACUUCCUGAUGAGAUGGAGACCUGGAAACUUCGUACUGAGUGGCUCCGAAAAGGAUAUGAUUCAAAUUCAAAGCGGGCGGUUCGAACUUUUGAUGAGCUGAUGUCGUUUUGCAAUGGGGAUUCUACAUCAACGACCAUGACUCAUUGGUGUCUUCCCGGGUGUUGCGAUAGUGAUGAAUCUGCCUUGCAGAAAGUCAUGAAACUUUUGGUUCCACUGAUUUGCAGGGGUUACCCGUGUCCGUUGCUUUACCGGUUUAAGCAUUACAAGGUGGCAUCAUCCUACAUGAAAAGUUUUUGCUGUUUAAACAGUGUACUUCCCAGAAGCCUGACCCAAAUGAAAGAGAACUCUGACAAAAGACAAGAUGCUGCAAACCGACUUGGGGAUAUGGUGGACUCCUUGCUCCAAGAAACAGGGUGGGGUUUUUUUGAAGAUCAGGGUCAGGAGGAGUGUCAAAGUUUCCAAGCGAAGUUGGGCGAACUGUUGGACAAUGAUCUAAGCUACAGUUUACAGAACGGUGUCCGAAAGAGACUUGUGACUGAUGAAAUAUCAAAACCAGAAUUCAGUCAAUCAGCGAUUUUGAUUGAUACAAUCGUGGAUGCCAUGGAGGUUGGAACGAAUUUAUUCUUGCAACGUACCACAUGGCUCACAAAGUUGUCAGCGUUCGGAAGUGGCCACCCUGAAUACCCCGAACUCGUCAAAAGAAGUACAUUUUCAUUUGUUCAAAUUGUCUCUGGUGGUUUGGGUCGAAAACUGAUUUGCAAAACCAUGGAUCUUUUAGAUUCUGGCCUACAAGAAGCUUCACACAUGGGAUUGGACACCAACCCUCAUUCCUUGCUCUUGUUUUUCAAACUGAUUAUUGCCGCUGUCACUGACCUUUGGCGGCGCAUGGAUUUCGAUCUUUCAGUGUACCCAUUCAGAGUUUUUACAUGGCUGGAACAUGGACAAAAGCUAGAAGAUUUUGUCGGACUAUGGGACACUAUGAUCAUGGACAGGAGACGUUGUUCCAAUUGUAUGGACGCUACGUUUACUUCAGUGCUUGCCGACACUUACCCCAUGACAUUGAAAGAUGAGCCACGCAAUGUCCAAAGGGCUAUUCAAAAGGACAUUUUAGACCUUUUGGGUCACAUUGCUGCAUUUACACCUGUCAAUUCUGAUUGCGUCGAAAUCAAAAAUGGACAGCUCCAAUGGGCUGUGGCCAAAAGGGGCGGCCAGUUUGUCAAAGCUGGAAAGAGUGCUGCAGAGGUAUCCUUGCUUCAAAGUGCUGUUCGCCCGCAUGGUGUCUUGCAUGGGGAUGUGUAUGACAGAACAAUGCCAUCCCGUCUGACAAGUUCAGCUAUUCGAAGACAAGUUGGGGUCGCAUCCAAAAAUCAACACACUAUUGCCACUUCUGACGAGAAGCAUGAGCAGGUUCAGAAGCCAAUCGAAUCUGCACAAGAGAAAGAACAACGCAUCAAAGAGGCAAGUUCCCGAUCUCACAGAAACCUUUCUGGGUGGAACGUAUUUUGCCGUGAAUCAAUGGAGGGUUCCUCCUUACAAACUGGCGAUUACAAAGCUGAAGUCAAGCGACUAGGGCUAGCUUGGGGAAAUAUGAGCGAGGAACAGAGGGAAGCAUACAUCAUCCAAGCCAAGCAUGAAAACCUACAGCGUUCGGAGCUUUCUGAGCUGCCUUUACCGGCAAAAGGUGAAGGAAAGUCAGAAUUGGAACUGCAAGUGGGGAGGUCUGGUUGCAAAAAGAUUUCCAUGAAAAGGUUGGAGGCCAACGAGAAAGCAUUCAUGGAACAUCAAUCGUGGUCACACCCCACUCAAUUGGGAGAUGGACAAGGUGCUCUCAAGGCCGAGUGCAUUGACGUGAAAUCCACGGAUGAAACAGUUGACCAUUUCUUGCGAGAGACUCUUCACAGUACGCUGCAGGAUCUAGGUGGCAACAACCAAGACGCAACUACUACUGACCCUGUUGUGACUGAUCCCCUUUGCUUCCCUGGACUGUGCGCAAAAGAUGUGGUGUGGGAGGAUACUUGCCGCUUUUCAAAACUAUUCCAUUCCCAAGUGUCGGAGAAAGGUGUGAAAGUUGGUUCGUUGCUCACUGUGUCUGUUCCGGACACUUCGCUGUUCAAAGCUUUCUUCUUAGGAGUUGCAUUGAAGAAACCACUGGUGCAAACAAUUUUGUUUGUAUCUAUGAGCGACGACCGUGUCAAUAUCAAAGUGGAUGGAUUUAUUUUCCGUUCCGAUUAUUUGGACAACUCACCAUAUGUUCUCGGAGUUCUUGGAAGCGACCCAGCAUAG